CAGUGCGGCCAAUAUCCAAACACAUAUAGAUGUACUUCCGAAUACAGCCAGUUUGAAAUCAGACAGGAUGUGUACAUCGGUAGCCUGUCCAUGGAUUCCUUUCUGAUUUUUUCUGUCUCUUUUAGACUUUCCCAAUUUUGGAACUUAGUGCUCUUUGUGUGUUUUUUUGUUGAUUGUUUGUGCGUCCUAUUGGGGUGUUCUAGGCUCUGCGCUCCAGUAGCCUACGUUGUGUGUUGGUUGAGUUUGGAUACUAUACACUUCUUGUCUCGCGCCCACUGGCCCAAAUGACUGUGCGCCGUUCCAGCCGGAGACGUUGUUCUCCAGUCGGCUUCAGCAGGAAAACCUCCGGCUAAAGUUUGAAUGUAACGGUGACUGGGAGGUCCGUGACAACACCUUGCCCUGGAUUUGCAAUUAUCUAUCGAUUGCAACUAAAGAGCGGAUAUACAGUCUCCGCAAACAGGCUGCAUCUGUUGGAUUUAUUCAACUACUGGAUUUAUUCUAAAAUCAUGAAGACCAGUCUUGUUGAGGGGGGGCGACUCCUGUUCCUGGUUGUAUGGUUAAACCUGGUGCCUCGAGGAGUGGAUGGCUGCCCGGCCAAAUGUGUGUGUUACAGCGAGCCACGGCCCACCGUGGCCUGCCAGCAGCAGGGACUGUUCUCCAUCCCUACCGAGAUCCCUGUGCGGAGCCAGCGGAUAUUCCUCCAGAGCAACAAGCUGACUGUGGUCCGCUCCACCAGCUUCAGCUCCGUGCACAACCUUACCGUCCUCUGGAUGUACUCCAACAAUAUCAGCCACAUUGAGGCUGGGGCCUUCUACGGUCUGGAGCGGCUAGAGGAGCUGGACAUUGGGGACAACAGUAACCUGAGGAUCAUCAGCCCCACAGCCUUCAGGGGUCUGUCCAAGCUUCACACCCUCCACCUGCACAGGUGUGGCCUGUCGGAGUUACCUGUCGGAGCGUUCCAGGGACUGUUCUCCCUGCAGUACCUCUACCUGCAGGACAAUAACCUGCUGGCCCUGCACGACGACACCUUCCUGGACCUGGCCAACCUCACCUAUCUGUUCCUGCACAACAACAAGAUCAAGACCGUGUCGGACCACAUGCUGCGCGGCCUCAUCAACCUUGACCGCCUGCUGCUGCACCAGAACCGGGUCAUCUACGUCCAGCCGAGGGCAUUCAGCGACCUGGGGAAGCUGACCACGCUGUUCCUGUUCUACAACAACCUUACCGUGCUGACCGGGGAGACCAUGGACCCGCUGGUGUCCCUGCAGUACCUGCGUCUCAAUGGGAACCAGUGGGUGUGUGACUGUCGGGCCAGUACCCUGUGGGACUGGUUCAAACGCUUCAAGGGCUCCAGCUCUGAGCUCGAAUGUAACGUCCCCCUGGAAUUGUUCGGGAAGGACCUGAAACGGCUGAAGAGUAACGACCUGGAAGGGUGUGUGGAGACACCCCAGAUCCAGACACAGCUCUUCAGCUCCAAGCCGCGUUCCGGAAAAUUCCCCUCCACUGAAAAUCCUCUGGGAGACGGAAUUCCUAGAUGUUGUCUUCCAGACAACGAUAAGUCCUCUAUCAUCUCCGGGAAAACGAUCGCUGACCCCUCAUCUUACAACAGCCGUCAGAUCACCAAUAACCCCCUCAAGGAGAAGGAGAACAUAUCCAAGACCAAAUUCAGAGAGCAUGAGCGAACGAAAAACGAGACAAUCCGGAAUAAGCAGAGUCUCAACGACGGGCCUCUGGGGACCCUGUCCAACAACCUUGACCAGUCAUUGGUUCAAAUUGAAGACCUGGAACGUUCUACAGCCCCAACCAGGAAGAAAAAGAAGUGCACUAAAAAGCCAAAAUCUGAUGCCCAGUGUCUCAAAGGCCAUGGAUCUACAAUGCAGGUGGCGAGUUCCCUCUUCAUGUCCAUAAUCUGGAUCUGGUUCUCGUUGGCCAUGUCUUAGGACCUUAGGGGCUGGCUGGGAAUCACAUGCUAAAUAUACAUUGCUGGGACUCACAGAUUGUUAUUAAUGCUCAUGACAAUAAUACAGAAUCUUUCUGCAGUGACCUCUGACCUCCAAUAAUAGCCUAGAGACUGAUAACCAGAAGGUCAGGUUUGGACACAUUACCAGGGUAACAAGGACUAAGUCCUUGAAGUUAAACUACAAAAGAAGUUAAAAUACAAUUUAACAAAAUGGAUGCCUUUACAGAACACAUCAUAUCUAAUGUAUAUAAUAAAUCGGUGCCCAAAUUGUUUGUUCUGUAUGUACUUUACUGUACCGUGUCUAAGCUACACCACUUUGGAGACUCUCCUUAUUCCUAUUUCCCUCUCAAAAAGCUUUUACUGCAACAACAGUGACUGCUGAGACAGACCACUGAAAAAAUAGGAAAAAACAUGAAUUCCAAGGGCCGGCUGAACGCACACAAAGAACGUUUAUUAAAAAAUUGAUUUUCAUCCCCUCCCCCCAUUAUUUAUAAAAAAAGUGAUGCAUUUGUUGGGUACUGUUAUGUUUUUUAUGUUUAUACGUAUUUCAGUAAAGGCAAAUGUUUAUUGUUCCCCAGUUUGAGUUCUGUUUUCAUCACAGUAUGGAUACAGGUAGCAUUGGCUAAUAGAAGGCUGGCUAAAUGUUUUACAGAGAUUGCAAUGGAAUCAUAGAUAUGCAUUUUAUUUUACUUGUGUACAAGUAUGAAUAUAUUAUGAAUAAAAGGUCUCCUUUCAUAUAA